AUGCAGCUAGAAGAGGUCCUGAUCCAAAAGGCCAAAAUCGAAGAGUUCCUUGGCGAGCUCGCUGCCGCGCAUCACAAGUACCUUCUCCAGAUACACAACCCCGACGUCCUCGACAGGCUGCGAAGAGACAUCCUCACAUGCUUCAGCGACAUCUGCAGGCUGCUGUCCAUCCUCGUGGCCGCGGAUGGCGAGGGCAGCGUUAGAGGGGAGAUCGACCGGCUGAAAAAGACCGCCUCCAAGCUCGACAGGCUCAGCCAGAGGGAGCGUUCCUUGAGGGCGCAAGCAGCAAACUGGAGCACCACAGCGCUCCACGAAGCCUCUCCGGAGCCGCCAGCGAAGCCGGCCGAGCGCCACGAGCUGCACUCAACAUACCGACUGUAUCUGAACAGGUACCUCGACGACGUAGGCGUAGCAAACACUUCCCUUGCCGAUGGGCAAGAAACGCGCGCUAGCCGCGAGUCCGAACCCGAGAAUCCCGCUCCAAUUACUGUGCUGAAAAGAAUAGCGCUGCUGCAGGCCUGCAAGGAGCGGGCAGACCGCGAAGUCAGCCAACUAGAGUCGCUUCUUGCUGCCUUCAAAAAAGACCAAGAGCUGGUCUCAGAAGAGAUGAGACGCCAGCAAAGCCACGUAGACAGCGCCAAACUCGCGCUCGAGUCCGAUCUCCAACACGUGCGUCACUCGCAGGAAAGAGUUCUGGCAAAACUGGGUAUUUCGGCCAAAACGAAUCGACAGAACGCAUCACUGCUAUCAAACUUCGGCACGCUGGGCCGUCGGGAAGGAUCGCCAGUGCUGCACGAUCAGCUGGGCUACGCAAAAAGUUAUCUCGAGACCAAGGAAGACGUCUUGGUUGCAGAUCUAAAGACUUUCAAGAACGAGCUACAUCCUGCAGAGCACUCCAGGAACACUUGGGAGGAUUCCCUUUCACAAAUAAGCAAGCUCGAAGCGUCAUUAAAGAGCAUCCUCAUCAGAAAUCCCGACACUCCGCCCCGGGUUUUGUCUACAGAAAUAAAUGCAGUUGUGGGUCAUCUAGAAGAUGCCUCGUCCGGCACAUCCUCUUCGCUCCUCAAAUACUGCCUUGGCAGCGAGAUAGAAGUCCUCAAGAAGGCGACCGAAGAGCUUGGCCCUCUCAGCACAAGGCAAUCCCCGCGACGGCCUUAUAAAGAGAGAGGUGGGACGCUCCUACUGAACGGCGCUUCCCGCCCACAAACUGGCCUCAAUAUAGAUAUCGUGACCUCCAAAGAAGCGCCAUUUACUCCCAACGGAUCGCCGAGCAUAGGUGAAAUCAAAAUGCAAAAAAAAGAGUGA